AAAUAUUUUUUUCAAAACAAGGUACCAUUUUUUUAAAACCAAUAUUUGUAGGUGGUAUUGGUCGAAGAUUUUAUGUGAUGCAGGUUGAAAUUGGUUUCAUUGCGUAAUAUACCUCUGUAUGUCUUCAGCUUUAAAAAAGACAGUUGAACAAAAGAAAUAAGCAGAAGAUUUAAUUAUGAAAAAAAUAUUAAAAAAAUACUUUUUAGAAUAACAAAAUAAAAAAAAAAUUUAAGCAUUGUGCUUUUUGCAGAUAUGCCAAAAUCAUUUUUAAUACCGCGUUAUUCGGACGAUUCAACCAAUAAUGUGGUUCAUCUAGAAAACGAAGCUGUAAAGACAGAAGAAAAAAAAGAUUCAAAAGGUUUUGUACUCGGAGCAAACCAUGAAUUCAUUAAUGAUCAUCUCUAUUCAUUGCAACCACCUGAAUCUCCAGCUACAUUAAAAGCAAACAAGCCAUUUGAAUCAGGCGAGUUAGGAGAAUUGUUUGAGUCUAGUCCUCUUACCCAACUUUCUUUAAUUGCAUCUAAAAAUUUAUUUUUAAAAGAUGAAAAGCUCGGUAAUGAAAAAUCCGUAAUUCAAUUGAAUACUGACUGGAAGAAUGAUGAAUGGAAAAAUAUAGAGACCUUACUUGCCGCUGCUCAGUUGUUAAAACUUAAAGAAGACGGAAAGUUGAUGUUAAGCAAAUCUUCUAAUGAUUCAAACAAAAAACCAUUUUGGAUUCUUCAUAAAAGUCUUCCAAGUCCAUCAGAAUCCGAAAAGUCUGAAAAUUCUUUGGAAGAAAACUUAAAAACAUACUUUCCCGCCAAAUACCAAUGCACUCAAUGUCACAAAGUAUUUAAAACAAAAUAUACACUCACAAUUCAUAUGCGCAUGCCAGAUCACACGCAGACUAGACCUUUUGUUUGCAAUAUAUGUAAUAAAGGAUUUAGGCUCUCUAGCACGCUAUGUAGACACAAGAUUAUUCAUACAUCUGAAAAACCGCAUAAAUGUCCUGACUGCAACAAAGCUUUUAAUCGAUCAUCAACCCUAAAAACUCACAUGAAAACUCAUUCUCAAAAAAAAGAUUUUAAUUGUGAAAUUUGUGGAAAAGGUUUUCAUCAAAAAGGAAAUUUGCGAAAUCAUCGUUUAGUUCACAGCGGAGAAAAACCACAUAGUUGUCUCGAAUGCGGAAAAACAUUUUGUAAAAUAUCAAAUUUAAAAUUUCAUUUGCAAUCGCAUGACGAAAAAUCUUGAUUUUAAAAGCUAACUUGAGUUUAAUUAUUUACAAUUUUUGAAGUUUUAACAUUUGUAUUAUGUUUUUAAAUUUUUUAAACAGACGAGAAUUAAAAUUAUAUGCACUUUAUUGUAUAAAAAUUUUAUAUUUUGCAUAUUUGUUACGGUUUUCUACACGCUUUUUUUGCGUGAUAUUUGCGCUCAUUCUAAAUUAUUUGCUUGUACAAAAUUGACUAAAAAAAUUG